AUGAUCAUCUCUGAAGGGACUCCUAUGACGAACGGCGAAGUGUACGCCUUGCUGCGCCGGAACCGCGACGAGCGCAACGGCAAACUGCUUCCCCCAUUCGGCCUGCAGUUUGUCGGCAGUAGCAGCACGCCGCAGAUGCAGCAACAGCGCGCCACGGCUUCAUCGACAGCGAGCACCUCAGUGCGCGCAAGCCUUUUCUUCCCACCCGAGGGGCUACUUACGGGCGGUGGGGCUGCCGGUGUAGUGUCUACCACUCCUCUGCAUUCUGCCACGAGCAGCGCCCUAUUUGCCUCACCAACAGUGUCGCAUCUGAUGGUGCUGCUCACUGAGGUGCGUGCGUUGCGUUACUUGGGACGCUAUGCCACCACCAGUGGUGACAGGGCUCUGCAAAGGGUCUACGGGCCCACCAGCAUACACAGCCACGCCCACCGCCGGCCAGGCGCCGCCGAUGGGAACGGCGAUGCGACGGGUGGAGAACCCGACGCCAUCUCAACGGAGGAAAAAGCGUUGAGGCGGGUGCUGCAACAGUACCGUCCUGGAACCGUUGCCCACGUUUGGGCCUUGGAAAGUCUUCUUUCGUUGUGGGAGGUGCGCGGGCGGGAGAUGGAGUCUUCUAGUGCGAAUGGUGUGAAGGCCGCACUGCGCGCAGUGCGUGAGCGUUUCGCCACAUCGUCCGAUGGAAAUGGCAACGGAAACGGUGACCUCUCUGCCACCGUCACAGAUGAAGAAGGGCAGAAGCAGCGGCCUCCAUCUUUAGAUCAACCGCGUAUGUUGUUUGCCAAACCGUCUUUGCCGCUCGCGCAGUUCCUCGCGGACCAGCCACCUACUGCUGUUACUGCAACUAGCGGCAGGGAGAGUGGAGGCGCCGCGGCGGUGACAACAGUUGUUGCGUCGCAGGAGCAUCGGCAGUGGACGGAGCAGGAUGUUUUGCGUCUCGUCAUGGCGCGACCGCAAAACAGCCUUGACGUUCACCGUGUCGUGGACUCUCUCGAAGAAUACGUUGGACAAUGCGAAGAGUUGAUGACGUUUCUGGAGGAGGAACUUGUGAAGUUGUUUGUGUCGAACUGA